AUGACUGACUUGCAAGCACAUCCCACACCAUCACCUGUAACUGGAAUGGAUUGGCUUAAUCGUGCCACUAGUGUUGUUCGUACCUCGUCUGACAGCCUUGAUGCCGACAAGCAUUCUAUCUCAGUUGCCAACGAUUAUUAUUUGCAGCCUUUUUCAUCUUCUUACAACUGCAACAUGUCAACAGUGGCAUCUGCCAUGGAUGAUCCAUCCACUAUUACAAGCAACACGUCUACUACUACUACUACUACCACCACCAUGACAACCCCGUCUCAACAACAACAAAAGCCAUCCACUUCCACCACCUCAUUGGAUGAUACUACUACCACUACUACUACAUCAAGCACGACCAACUCUGAUGGCAAGCCGCCCUACUCAUAUGCAACCUUGAUCCGCUACGCAAUUCAAAGCAGCCCUGAUAAGAAGCUGACAUUGAGCCAAAUCUAUCAAUGGGUACUAGAGCGUUAUCCUUACUACAAUACAGCUGGUGCGGGAUGGAAAAACUCCAUACGCCACAAUCUUUCUCUCAACAAAAGCUUUGUUCGUGUGCCUCGGCCGGUUAAUGAACCUGGAAAAGGAUCUUAUUGGACCGUUGAUUAUGCUGCCUCUGAAACAGAACGCCGUUCCACUCGUGGAAAGACUAGAUCUUCACGCUCUGAUAGUGAUCCUACUCCUUAUCCCCACCACAACCAUCAUCAUUAUCGUCCCCAUUUACAAGUAUCAUCCGCAUCUAGCAUGAACAUAGCAGCUGCAGCUGCAGCAGCUGCUGGAGCUUCGCCAUCAUGGAUGUCAUCUGCCACCAACACUGCUACCGAUACUACUCGUUACCAGCGGUCACUUUCCACAUCAGAUGCCAGUUUAUAUUAUCAACCCUUCAACUAUUAUGGUUAUCAGCAGCAGCAGCAGCAACAACAAUACAUGCCACCUGCACCAAGCCAACAAAGACCCACAUCCGCUUAUGGCUUUGCACCUGCACGUAGUUACAGCUACCAAUAUCCUAACAAGGGAUCCUUUUAUGGCGUAUACAAUGACCACCACCACCACCACCAUCAACAAUCGGUUCCUUAUCAUCAAGCUGACAUGAGCACAUUAAACCAUACUACUCCUACAACUACCAUGUACCAACAACACCCUCUUCAAGGCAUGUACAAUAAUGCUGCUGUUGCUACCACAAGCACCACCACCACCCCAACCACCCCAACGGCUACCGAUCCAACUUCUUCCAUGCCAGUGAUUUCCACGCCACCCCUCUCGGAUCGUUCAUCGGUGACAACAAAUGGUGUUCUUGAUUAUUCAUCGGCUAACUUUUCAUCCACGCCUUCCCUUGUAACAAGUCCACAUUUAUCGGUUCAAGAACCAUCACAGCAGCCCAUCGAAUGUGGUACGGAUGGAAGCAAACGCACUUUGGAAGAUACUUGCUCUGAUGAUUUACCUGUAACACCAGUGCCUGCUAAACGUCAUCGUCGGCCGUCAUAA